UAACCCCCAAAUCAAACUCAAAUUCCUUGUUUCAUUUUCCUGUUUUCAUCCUCCCGACCCGGACAUCGUGCGGAACUGACAGCGGUGGAGCGGUGGACUGGGGACGGCUGAGCAGAGGGACUGUUCUAUCCAUUGCUCAUGAGUUGUGUUGUUUGCUUGCUACUUAGGAGUUUGAAUCCUUGGUAAUAUGCUGAAGCUCGUGUCCCGUGAGUUAUGCGCAUAUGGAGGUGACAAGAUUAAACCUCUUUUCUAUGCACAAAUGAAUGCUUUUCUUCAUAGUGGCCAGACCCGGUACGCACCAAGAAGCUUUUUCGGAGUAGAGGAUUUCCUGGAUGAUGACAAUAGCCGGCCAUACACAUACCAAAAGGGGAAGAAGUCUAAGAACCCACACAAGCAUGUUUCAUUCAAGCAACGAACUAGGCCUUUCAUGGAACCCUUCACGCUCGACGUCUUCAUUUCAAAGCGCUUUGUUUCAGCCUCGAUUACCCAUAGAGUUACGUGCAAGCAGGUAGCGGUUGCUGGUACGAAUUCCAAGGACAUCAAGGCGAUGCUCAAAUCACGAAGCGAUAUACCUGCGUGUUUGGCUGUGGGACAGAUUUUGGGCGAUAGAGCAAGGGAGGCUGAUGUAUACACUGCUGCUUAUACUCCCAGAGAUAGAGACAAGUUUGAAGGGAAAAUCAGAGCAGUAGUUCAGUCCCUCAUUGAUAGUGGCAUAGAUAUUAAAGUGUAUCUAGACUGAGGAGAGGAGAGGAGGGAGUUGUUUUAGCCUCCCCAUAUAAUUACUUUUGUGAAACGACCAUCUUGUUGAGAGAGGAAUGACAAUCUCAAGAAAAUUUUAGGGUGCGUUUGGUUCGCACAUGGGAAUCGGAAUCGGAAUGGGUAUCAAAUACUUGGUAA